AUGGGUCGAAACAUUCCUGUCAUUGUCCUCUUGGUAUCACUGCUCGUGUCGUCUCCUCUCGACGCGAACGCAGCAGUGAUAAAACCGUACCAGCAAAAAGCGAUGCUGAACGCCAAGAGCGCGUAUGGCAGCUUCAAGGGGGAUUCGACGUGGAAGGCGGGUGCGGACUGCUCCACGUGGCAGCGCGUGCAGUGCAACAGCGCGGGUGACGUCACGCACCUCCACCUCGCGAACGCGAUGAUUCGCUCCACGGGCGUCGGCAUCGCGCCGUCCCUCUCCGUGCUCACGAAGCUCGCGUUCCUCAGCCUCUACAACAACAGCAUCACCGCCGAAAUCGGCACCGUCCUCUCCACCCUCACUUCCCUGAAAACCCUCAACCUUCAGCUGAAUCGCUUUUACGGGAGCGGCUCGAGCAGAAUUUGGAAAUUAACUCAGCUGACGUACCUCGAUAUCUCCCACAAUCUGCUCGUCGGGCCGCUCGGCGCGGGGCUGGGCGCACUCACGAACCUCGCGUAUCUGGACGUGUCGUCAAACUACUUCCGCGGCGCCAUCCCCGCGUCGUUCAACAACCUCGUGAAGCUCAAAUACAGCGACUUCAGCGGCUGCUUCUUCACGGGGCUCCCGCCCGCCUUCCCCGAGCUCGACCCGGGCAACCUGACGUUCGCCGCGGAAAGCAACCUCAUCAUGAGCAUCCCCAUCACCUUCCCCGCGUCCGCCGCGGGCGUGUUCAGCAUCGACCUGUGGGGGAACCUGCUCGCAGAGCUCCCGACAGAGGUGGCGCUGCUGACGGAGCUCAAGGUGCUCAACGUCGCGGCGAACCGCAUCGCGACGCCGCUGGAGGACAUCGCGUGGAGCGAGCUGGUGGCGCUGGAGGAGCUGUACCUCGGCCGCAACGCCAUCACCGGCACCGUCCCCACGGACCUCGCGGCGCUCACUGCGCUGAGGCACCUCCACUUCCACACGAACCUGCUCACUGGCUCGCUGCCGGACGAACUGACGCUGCUCACGGACCUCGUCUCCCUGGACAUCGGCCUCAACACAGAGCUGGGCGAUGGGCAGGAUUUUCCUGCAGGGUUCAGUGAGCUGCAGUCGCUGACGCGGCUGGUAAUUAUCGGUGAUAAUUUUGCCGGGCCGCUGCCGCAGCCGUACUUGGCGGCGGACCCGGGGUUUUACCUGGACGCGCGGAACAACUCGUUCACGGGGUCGCCCUUGGUGCGGGACGUGUGCCCCAACUCGCGGCCGAACCGGCUGCGCGUGGCGUGGAACUGCCUGGAUGCCGAGACGGACUGCUCCACCAACCAGCGCGUAAUCUCGUAUCCCCACGGGAGCGGUCACCGCUUCCCCCUCCUCCUAAUGUUAUCCGUUUUCCUCGUUAUUGGCCUCUCCGGCAGCAGCCCCGCGCGCGCGCAGACCAUCAAGCCGCCACAGGAGUCGGCGCUGCUGAGCCUCAAAACGGCCUUCGGGUACUUCACAGGGAGCAGCACGUGGGGCGCGGGGAAGCCCUGCGCCAACUGGCUGCGCGUGACGUGCAGCUCCGCGGGGGACGUGCUCCGCCUCAACUUCACUUCCGCCAGCAUGCGCUGGAAGACCGCGGGGAUCCCCAUCGCGCUCACCAAUCUCACCAAUCUCGACACGCUUAUCCUCGCUAAUAACGAGAUCGUCGCCCCGAUUCCGUGGUACUUAUCGAAGCUGCCGAAGCUGAAGCGCCUCGACCUAAGCAACAACACGUUCUACGGCGGAACGAAUCAGAUCUGGACGCUCACCAAGCUCACCUUCCUCGACGUUUCCAAGACGCUCCUCCGCGGCGCGCUUCCGCCCGCCAUCAGCGGAUUGGCCAGUCUGGUGGUUCUCAACGUUAGCGACUCGUACUUCUCUGGACCAAUCCCCGACGCGUUUUCGAGUCUGACGAAGCUGCAGUUCGGCCAAUUGGACCGCUGCUUCUUCACCGCCCUCCCCGCCGCGCUUCCCGAGCUCGCGUCUGGCGCGCUCACCUUCACGGCCUCGGGAAACCUCUUCUCAAACAUUCCCGCCACGUUCCCCGCGUCUUCCGCCGCGGUUGACACGCUGGACCUCUCGUCCAAUCUCAUCACCGCCCUCCCGACGGAAAUCUCCCUCAUGAGCGACCUGCGCCAGCUCAACCUGGCCAACAACCAGCUCAGCAUCGCGCUGGCUGACGUCACCUGGAGCGGGCUUCCGAGCCUGGAGGCGCUGAACCUGGGUUUUAACGAGAUAACGGGUUCAAUUCCGGCUGAGGUCAGUGACCUCUCCAACCUCAAGACGCUGCAGCUGCAGAACAACACCCUCAGCGACGCAGUUCCCGAUGAGAUUGGAUCGCUGGUGAAUCUGACAGCGCUGGAUCUGAGCAACAAUGGCUUCACGGGCGAUCUCCCUGAGAGCCUCAACGCCCUCUCCUUCCUGCUGCGCCUCGUGCUCGCUAAUAACCAGUUAACCGGCCCACUGCCCCAGCCUUACCUUGGCGCCAAUAGCAAGUUCUUUCUGGAUGCCCGAAACAACUUGUUCACGGGGUCACCGCGCGUGAAGGGCAUCUGCCCGAACGCGCGCCCGGCAAAGCUAUUGGUGACUGGGAAUUGCCUGGAUGACGAGCAGGGGUGCACCACGGUGCAGAACACAUGCGACCCAACAGGCCUGAUCGAUGAGUGGCUGCCCGUUUCCCCGCCCCCAGCCAGCGCCACUGCCGCCGCGAGCUACGCAAACGACUCAAUCCAGAUCGUCGCUUCUCACCCCGCCGCCUUCGCCAGCGCCCUCUCCUCCCCGCCGGCCAAAGUGGCCGACACCGGCGGCAGCGGAGCGACGGCGAGAAAGCGCCGCCGUGAGGCCUUGGCGGGUGCCGGCAAGCAGCCGAAGCGGACGAGGGGGAAGAAGGAAAAGGCUCCGUUGACCGAGUCAACCGUCGCAACUGGCGGUGAGUGGAAGCAAGUGGACGCUCUCAACGCGAGCGCCUCGGAUUCUUGCGAUCAACCUGAGAGUGCUCUGUCGUCCCCCACUGCCCCCGCCUUCCCGCGCGACGGAUUAGCCGCGCAGCGCAAGCGCGGCGGAGAUUCGGCCAGUCUCGCGGCGCAGGCUCCCGCGCCGAUGAGUCUUGAUACGAGCGCACGCGCCAAUCGCGGCGCGAAACAGAAGGCAGAUGUUGCUGUCGGGCAGCCUCUGGCGAAAAAGUUGUUGCAGCGACGUUCGCUACUGCCUUCUCCAGCGCCCAUCUUUCGCCAAACGCUCGGGGAGCUUUGGAGCUUUCUUGACCCCACGUUCAGUGCCUCCGAACCUGCUUCCAGUCUUGAGCAACCCACCAAGUCCGGACCGAGCCAGAGCUUCAGCCUCGGGCAGGAAGCAACCACCAGCGAGCCGCCUACUCCGAGCGCGCAGAGCUGCCUUCAGCGAUGCCCCACGGACGCGGCGGCUGCGGCGGGGGAUGCAGCAGAGGCGAAUGGCUCGGGAUCUGAGGGCGCCGCGGGCUUGAUCUGCGCGCAGGCGAGCGGCGGUUCGGCAGAUGCGGAAGAAGGGUCGCUGGGCUCAGUGAUUGGCGGCGAGAAACGCGGAGCGUCAAAGACGGCGUCAAUGUCGGCGUCCGCGAGAGCGCGCAGCAACGGGGGCGCCAUUACGGCGAGGCAGGUGGCGGUGUUGCGGGAGGCGGUAGCAGCGGCUCACUCCGGGGGGACGGCGGUCGUCGCGCCCGCGGGGAGCUCCGCCGCGGAUGGGGGGGCUUCGAUGGGCCAGCAGGGCGCGGGAGACGGGGGAAAGCGGCGCGCGCGAAGGCCGUUCUCGCGGCAGGGCAGCUCCAACGCGCCGCACGUGGCCGCGCGCAAUGGCAAGGCGGCGGGCGCGCGUGGCGCGCAGAGGGACGGCGCAGAUGGCGCGGAGGUGGCGCGAGGGGAAUCAGCAACGCCGGGACGGUCGCUGGGCUCCGCCGCGGCUCCUGCUUCCGCCUCUGCUGCUGUGUCCCCUCCUGCUGCUGCUGACCUGUCUGCGUCCCAUGCUGACGUGUCUGCGUCCCAGGCCGACCUGUCUGCUUGCGAAGGUGGCGCCCCUCCCGGUUCGCAUGCACCUGCGCCUCUCUCUCCCCCUCCCGCAUGCCCUACCUCCGCACCCCCACUCUCACCCGCCUCCUCACCCCCCCCUGCCGCCCCUUCACUCCCCUCGCCCAUCUCCCCGCCGCAAUCACGCCCUCACGUGGACGGCAGCAGCAGCAAGAGCCUGUUGGCCGAGCUCUCGUUAGAGUCACCCGCUCUAGGCCCACAUGGCCCCUCGUUUAAUUCACAACUGUAUGAAUCGCCCAACUGGAGCGGCUCUCCAGUUCUCUCGUUACAGGCACACUCCAUGCAGUCACUGUGGACUGACGAAGGCACCCCGGACCUCCCACUCAUGGCCUGCAAUGGCGAGCAAGGCUCGGGCAUCUCGCUGAACCUGCUGCCGAGCCUGGAGUGGCAGACGCCGUCAGGGUUGGAAUCCAGGGAGCAGGCUGAGGUGGACUGGGCUCGCCUGCCGGACCUGGACGAGCUGCCGAGCCCCUCGCCUCCGUUUCCGAACCUGGAUCCGAGCCUGACGCCAAGGCUGCCCGCCAGUCUGGAUGGGGUGGCAAGCCUGGCAUAUUGUGAGCAAGGGGGAAUCAGCGCGGAGUGGCGACCAGCGCAAGAGCAACAGCAGCAGCCCGACCCGCAAGAGCAAGAGCAGCAACGGCAAGCGGGGGGCCUUGAGGAGUGGGCACAGCUACAUGGCUCUGAGAAGAUUUGCGGGAAUGGGGAUGGAAACGCGGAAGGCGCGGUGGAAGGCGGCAUGGGAGGCGCCGUGGAGGGCGCAGAGGCCCACGAGGCAGCGGUGAGUGCGGAGCAGAGAGGUAUGACGGACGGUGGUGAGCGGUGGAGUGCACACGAUGGGGGUCCUCUGGCAGAGCCCACUCUGCCUGAAGGUGCACCGAUGAACCAGCCCUGCUUCCUGAUUGGCCAGUCCCAGCCAUCGCAGCCAAUGAGCACGGAGGAGGCUGCCAGCGUGGCACCAAUGGACUUCGAGGCAGCUGCCAGCGUGGCAGUGAGUGCAGAGCUGUGGGAUUCGCCUCACGCCAUGAACGCCAGUGGGUUGGAGGGGAUGGAAGGUGAGGAGGGAGGAGGAGGGGUGUGGGAGGAGCUGGACGUGGUGGUGUGCGGUGUGAAUGGAGUUAUGGGGGGUGCUGGUGACAUGGAGGACAGAGGCGAGGGGGUGAGAAGGGAGUGGGACCUGGCUUCGGUGGUGCGCGAAUGCACAGCGGCCUGCCUCUCCCCCACGCCACCCACCGCUGCUCCCCCUGCUGUCAUCGCACCUCCUCAACCUCCCGCACUCACCGCCCCUCUCGCCUGCCUGCCUACUGCUGCCGCCUCUCCAUCCCCCAGCAGCGGUGGCAGCAUGGGCGGCAGUUGCUUAAGUCCCCAUCCCGCUCAUCUCGCUGUGCCUGCCUCUGUGCCUUUGCCUGCUGCUGCUGCUUCGGCUACUGCUGGCAUUGCUGCUGCCGCCCCUGCUGUUGCUGCUCCACCCACUGCUGCCACAACGUUUCCACUUGCUGCUGCUGCUGAGAUCAGCCCUCACCCCCUUGCCUCCUCCGCGCCUUCUCUCGCGUCUCCCUCACUCCCUCUCGACCCCCGCCAGAGCAGCUGGGCGGCACACCGCCGCCCAGAGAGCAGUAAGGCCAGCUCUUCUGUCUCUGCUGGUACUAGUGCUGCUGGCACUGCUGUUUCUGGCACUGCUGUUGCUGCCGCCAUCCCGCCUCCCCUGCCAGGGCGCACUCUCAGCUGCAGCAGCCUCUCUCUCGCCCGCUCUCAUGGCCCCACCCGCCCUCCGCUCGACCGCACCCUCAGUGGCAGAGCGCCGGCAGCAGUGCUGCAGACGCAGUCACAGGGAGCAGCGCACACAGGCCGCGGCAGCAGUAGCGGCAGUGGUGGGCAGGGGGUGAAGGAGCAGGAGGGGGUGGUGCAGCUGCUGUCGCGCGUGGCGACGGUGGAUUGGGAGGAGGUGCGGCGGCCCAUGUCCCGGGCGGCACAGUCCAUCCAGUGCCACUGGGCCCGGCGCCGCCUCAGCUCCACCAAGCGCUGGGCGGAUGUACCUGUUAUAAGCCUCCCCGAUUCAAGCGUGUCGGAUGGCAGUUUGCAGGAAGGGGCGAGCAGGGUGAGGGGUGAUGGGGUAGGAUGGGGGUUUGGUGGGGAGGGGGAAAUGGGGAGAGUGGGGCCGGCGUUGAGUGGAGUUAGUGACGUGUCUGCUGGGGCCGGGUCAUGUGUGAAGGGGGUGUGA